GAGGUGCACAAAUGACAAAGGUAGAUGUUGAAGGGGAUGUUUGGGGGUGCACUUUGGGGAGCAUCGAGUGAAUUGCAUUCGUGAUUUCGUUCAAUUAAUAUUCGGUCAGCUCCAUCUUCGAUCAAUCUGAAAUGGGUUUCAGAUUCUUUUAUUCGAAUCACAUUUACAAACCAUACAUCUCAAAAUUUCCCUCAACAAUCCGCAAAAAUCCAAUCAUAACCCAUCAAAAUCCUUCAACUCUCAAAUGUUUAGCAACCCAAUUGGGAGGAAUUAAUCAAUCAAAUUGCCUUAUAAUCAAACGGUGGCAUUUAGGUCAUUCACAUCAUGAUCAGAAUGUUCAUAAAGGUUCUAGUAAAAAAAGUGAGAACAUAUUUAGGCUGGGACUUGCUGCUGAUGUUGGAUUGGCGGCAGGAAAAGCCAUCACUGGGUAUUUAUCUGGAAGCACUGCCAUUAUAGCUGAUGCUGCUCAUUCUCUAUCAGAUGUGGUUCUCAGCAGUGUUGCUUUACUCUCAUUUAAAGCUGCGAGAGUGCCUAGAGACAAAGAACAUCCAUAUGGACACGGAAAAUUUGAAACACUUGGAGCACUAGGAAUCUCUGGUAUGCUCCUUGUAACUGCAGGAGGUAUUGCAUGGCAUGCUGCUGACAUUUUGCUGGGUUGGUUUGCAGCAGCCCCUGAGGUUGUUAGUAAUUCUUUGACACAUGCGCAUGGUCAUCAUCAUGGGCAUGACCAUAAGAUCGACAUGGAGCACCCACUUCUAGCAUUAAAUAUGACUAUUCUAUCCAUUGCCGUAAAAGAAAGUCUUUAUUGGAUAACAAAGAAAGCCGGAGAGAAAGAGGGCAGUGGAUUGAUGAAAGCAAAUGCCUGGCAUCACAGGGCUGAUGCUGUAUCUUCUUUAGUUGCUCUUAUUGGGGUAGGAGGAUCUAUUCUCGGGGUAAAAUUUUUAGAUCCGCUUGCUGGACUUGUAGUGUCAGGCAUGAUUCUAAAAGCUGGUCUGGAGUCUGGUUACCAGAGUAUUUUGGAGCUGGUGGAUGCUGCGGUUCCACAAGAGCAAUUGAAAUGCUACCGAAAGAUUAUUCUACAGGUUGAAGGAGUGAAGGGUUGCCAUCGCCUCAGAGGGAGGAGGGCUGGCUCGUUUUUACACCUUGAUGUACACAUAGAGGUUGAUCCUUUCGCCAGUGUUAGUGCGGCUCAUCAUAUUGGUGAAAAUGUCAGGCAUCGGAUUCAUGAGUCUCAUCCUGAGGUGGCUGAAGUCUUCAUACACAUAGAUCCUUCUAUUUCACCAGAAGUUAAUAUGAAGAAUAAAUUAGACAGCUCGGAUAAAGAUCUCAACAUCGUUUCCUUAAAGGACAAAGACAUUAACCAUAUGAUCUCUUGUAUAUUCUCAUCACAAUUUCCAAAGAAAAUGAAGCUAGAGCAUAUAACUCACCACUUGUUGCAAAACAAGAUUAUGCUGGAUAUUGAGGUCUCCAUGCCACCUGACAUCAUGAUCAGAGAAGCAAUGUUGAUGGCGGAAGAAGUGAAAAAGGAGGUUCUCGGAACUGUAUCCGAUGUCGUCCAAGUUAGUGUUAAGCUGCAGCUUUCUCCGGCAACCCAUACAACUUCCGCAUAAACUGAUUAUCCGGUACUCUUUGACACUCUUCUAGAUAUAGGAAAAAUAAUACAACUUCGACAUCUUUAUAGAAUAGAUAGGAGUAAAUGGUUACAUGAAAGUGUUUAUCUAUGUGAAUGGAAGAAGGAGAUUCAGAAUCUCUACCGGAAUAACAAACGUCGAAGGAUGAUCCCUGUUUUUUAAACUACAAAAUAACACAACUUGUAGUAUGAGACGGUUUCACUGUGAGACUGCCCCAUAUAUGGGUUGAAUGACCCAAUUAAUACAAAUUAUAAGAAUAUAAACUUGUUUA